UGAGAAGCGAUUAGCGGCGCGAUUAGUGCCCGAUAUAAUGCGAUGGAAGACAGUCAGAGAAUAUUGCGUGCAAGUUUCGUUCUUUAAUAUAACAUGACAUCGCAAAAAAUGAUUUGUGUUCAAUUAUUAACAAUAGAAUAAAGUGUAGAGUAAAUUUAAUCAUUGUGGAGUGACAUUUAUUGGAACACUUUCACAAAUCUUCUACACAAAAUUUGGUCCUUCGAAUCAGAUAUUUCGGCUAUGAACAAAUAACAAAAAGCUGCAGAUAACAAAGAGCAAUAGUGUGUAAUACAAUCCGCAAUCAACGGGACAAUUGCAUUAUUUGUGAAAAAUCUGAUAUUUCCCAUUACGCAGUCCAAAACACAGGAAGGAUUUUUUUGAGCUUAAUCCAUAUUAACCAUAUUCUUUCGAGAGGACUCUUCAGGUCAACGAAACAAAGAGCAGAUCAUUGGAUGUCUAACGUGUAUCCUUACACACUGUCCUUGAGUUAAAAUUAGAACAGAUGUCCGGGGCAUGGCAGCCCGGGCAUUUUCAGUCCGCGAUGUCAAGUAACAGUGAGAAUCUUGGCGUCAUUGCGAGAACACGACAAGUUGCAGAAGAAUUGCACGAGUAGGAAGAUCGACGCCUUGUACACAUGCAGUGUGAAUAAAGUAUCGUAUUCUUUUAAGCUUAGAGAAGUGGCUCAAUUUAUUUACGAUCUCGAUAUUCGUGAUUACGUUCAUAUUAACUGGCGACCGUGACAGGACGAUUUGUUAGCGAAAUCGGGAAUUAAAAGUUGAAUCUUUCUUGUUCAACGCCGUGAAAAUGGAUGUCCUGAAGAAACAAAAGAAGUCGCUUCGUCUAUCCUUUACAAGUGCUCUCCGUGCGUUCUCAACAAAAUUAGAGAGCGACUGCUCAAUAGAAGCAAAGAUAGUGGCGUUUCAAAACUUGGAAACAAAAAUGACUGAGUUGGAUGCAGUACAUUCUGCAUAUAAAGAUGCACUGUUCGAAUCAGGAGCGGACGAAACUGAUAUCAACAGAGAGUUGGAAUCGGACGACGCUGUUAAGUACAAAACUCAGUACUUAACAGCGAAAAGGAAAAUAUCCGAGAUCCAACGCGAACAACGAAAUCGACGUCGGACAACAAAACAUCCAACGCCAUCGACGUCGGACAACAUAACGAGAACGGUCUCGACGAACGCUCUGAAGCCAUCGACGUCGAAGUUUUCUGAAUUCGAACCGAAAUUUGGUGGUAAUAUUAAAGAUUGGCUUCCCUUCUGGAGCAAGUUUAAGAAGAUAAACGAAAAUCCUUCAAUUAGUAAAGAAGAUAAAAUGCAAUACCUACAACAGGCUAUGAUACCAGAUUCGUGUGCGAGCGAAAUUGUGCGAAGUUUUUUGCCUACGGGAGAAAAUUAUGAAAAGGCAAUUUCGAGCCUAAAAAAUUGUUUCGGACGAGACGAUAUUAUUGUGGAAUUUUACGUUCGCAAACUACUAGGUCUCGUGUUGCAAAACGCACAGGGAAAUACCAGGUUGUCCCUUACAAGUUUAUACAAUAAGCUCGAGUGCUAUAUUCGUAUAAUGAAAACGCUUGGUAUGACGAUGAACAAUUGUGCCGCCAUGCUGUAUCCGCUCGUCGAGUCGUCUCUUCCAGAAGAAGUCCUACGAGCAUGGCAACGCAAUGAACAACGAGAAGCGAUGGAAACGAACGGACAAGGUGAAACAACAAAUAGAAAACUCGCAAAACUUCUUAGAUUUCUACAGUCGGAGGUGGAAAGCCAGGAGGAUAUUGGCAUGGCAUUGGCAGACUUGAGUUUAUCAACGAAAUAAGAGAAGAUGAAGAAGCUAAAAGGAAAAGUUACCUCCUUCGUCGAUUCUAAAAUAGAAUCGAUGAAGGAGGUAACUAGUGCCAGUGUGUCUCUUGUGGCUAGGGUUGUACGAGACACCAAGAUUAGUCUUGAUAUUGUCUUGUCUUGAAUUUUAAGACAAGAUCAAGACAAGAUUUUUAAUUAGUUAUCAAGACAAU